ACUAUUGGACCACGUCACCACUUUUUACAAACAAUGCAACUGGAAACUGGUUUAGCCAGGUUAAGUUAGUUUUUUUUUUCCAGAACUUAAAAAAAAAAUAGAAAGCCGAAGAUCUUCUUCCUCCUCACUCAAUUCAGACGCACACAUAACCACCGUUCAUGGCCGCCGCCAACAAGAAAAACAACAAUAACGACAACAACAUCCCAAAUAAUUAAUAGGCCAUCUAUUAAUCUACUUUUCAUAAACCUCAUUUCUUCUAUCUCCAUCAUAUGCCAAAGAUUAAUUGCAAAGAUCUAUGAAAGAAAGAAUGGGAAACAAAUAGAAGAAAACAAAAGAUGGCACUCAAUCUCUGCAUGUUCAUUCCAAGAACCUUAGACGACAAGAAGAUGAUUAUUUUACCACCGAAGAUGGCCGGUGUGGAAGGAGACUUGAGUCCAUAUGAUUGUUCGACUAUAGUAUGUCCCAGCCGUUGUGCACGAUCUCAAUAUAAGAAUGAGUGUAUAAGCUACUGUAGCAUGUGUUGUCAAAAGUGUUCGUGUCCGUAUGCUCUUGCAGAAAAGAUUUUAAAUAAGGGCAAUGGAGAAGUACCAAUCAACAAUGUGGAAGAUGAUUGCAAGUAUAUAUGUGGAAAGAGUUGUGGAAGGAUUGGAAACAAGGAUGGUUGUCUGGAGAAAUGUUACAGCUGUUGUGCACAAUGCGUGUGUCCGUUUCCUGGGUUUUCUGAACAACUACUUUUGAACACAAAUACGUCCAUGCUACAUUAAUCGGAAAACUAAGAGGAAUACCAAAAUGCACCAUUGUUAGUAAUGCAUUUGAAUUGAAUAAAAUUUUUUAUUUCUGUUGUAAAGUUGUACACCUUCAUAAAAAAUGUUUUUUAUUUUUAUUUUUAUGGAUGAAUACAUUGUUUAA